AUUUUUACCUAAAUUAAUCGCAAUAUUAGGAAACCAAAACAAAGUCAAAAACCUAUUGCCAAACCCCUGCCGGCUCCUACCAUUUACUAUUUAGUGAUCAUCAAUCCAAUUAAGUGAUCAUCUUCUUUCGUGAUUGUUGUGAUUUUCUCUUCUAUUUUCUUCCAAUUCCAUUUUCUUUCAUCUACAUAGAUAAAGCGGCAUGAAGAGGGUGUUUGAAGUACCAAAGCCGGUUUCUGGAAAGGUUAUGAGUAGCGAGAAACCAAAGAUAAAAGUUCUUGCUAAGAAGCCCUUGAACAAAGAAUAUGAUGAGUUCUCACCAGCACUCAAAAAUAAUCUACCUGCAACUGAUGACAGGAAUAACUCUCUUAUUAAUGAAAGGAAAUUUAAGUCUACUCCUGUUACUAAGCAAGUAAUUAGUGGCUUUGGGAAGUCAUCAGCGACUCAGAAUCAGAUGAAAGGUGAUUUUGGCAAGAUAAAACAUAAUUGCAUUGCUGGUUGUAAGCGUAAAUCUGAGCAAGUUCUAGUAUCUCAUGAAAUAAAGAGGUUGAAGAUGGAUUGCUUAGCUACAGCACGUUGUCAGGAAAUUCUUACAAAACUUAUCAAACAUGAUCAGAGUGCUUUAUUCCUUGCACCUGUAGAACCUGAUAAAUGGGGCAUUAAAGAUUAUUUUGAUAUCAUAAAAAAGCCUAUGGAUCUUGGAACCAUCAACAAGAAAUUGCGACAGAAAUCAUUCGGUGGCGUUGAGGAAUUUGAAGCUGAUGUGAGGCUCACAUUUUCAAAUGCAAUGAAAUACAAUCCUCCGGGGAAUUGGGUGCAUGAAUAUGCCAAACAAUUCAACAAAUUUUUUGAUAGGCUUUGGAUGCCUGUUAAGAUGAAAAUGUCCAGGGAGCACAAAGAUGUAGAAGAAAGGGAUCCUGGCUGCAGUCAAGAUAGUAAUCAAGGAAAGAGUGUUUAUGAUGUGAAAAACACAUGGUUUAAGUCUCAUGUUGGUCAGUUGUCUGAAGAAACUAUGCCAGGAAAAGAGAAGGUUUCCAAAGACUCAAAUGUAUCUGCUGAACGACAGAAACUCAGAGAUCAUAAAGUCGUAGAGCACAAAGAUAUAAAAGAAACAGAUCCUGGUUACCGUCAAGAUAGCUAUCGAAAUAAGAAUCUUGGCGAUGUGAGAAAAACAUGGUUUUCGUUUCAUGAUGAUCAGCUUUCUGAAGAAACUAUGCCAGUUGAAGAGAAAGCUUCCAAAGCCUUGAAGGUGUCUGCUGAAGGACAGAAACUCAGCGAUCGUAACGACGUAGAGCACAAAGGUGUAAAAGAAAGGGAUUCUGGCUGCAGUCAUGAUUACCAUCAAACUAAGAAUGUGUACUCUGUGGUAGACAAAUAUUCUUCAUCUCAUGAUCGUCACAUGUCCAAAUCAGCUAUGACAGGAAAAGAGAAAGGUUCCAAAAACUUGAAGAUGUCAGCUGAAAAGCAGAAACACAGCGAUCAUAAAGACGUAAACAAUGGCAAGCCCGAUGACUCUUCGAGUUCUGUGGAUAAAGAGCGUACCUUUUCUGGUUCUGCUGCUACAACUGCCAACCGUCUGGAAACUCUAAGAGAGGCGGAACUCCCUUCAUCGGAGGACUUGCGUAUUGCACGAUUGAAAAAUCGCUUUGCAAAAAUUAUACUUAAGGCUCAAAAUAACACAUUGUUGGAACAGGUUGGUGAAAAUAAUGGAGCUAAAGCUGAUGCCGCAAACUGGCAUCAACGGAAAACAAUACUGGAGAAGAGCCAACACGAAGGGAAAUCUAGAACUGAUGCACAAAUCAGAGCUGCACAAUUAAAAGCGGAUUCUGAACUCAAAAGGCAAAGACAACUAGCAAGGGAAGCAGAUCGAAUAGCUAUUGGGAAGAUGGAACAAUCAGUUGAGUUUGAAGAUAACUUGCAGGUUCUUAAAGAUCUUGAGGCGUUGGUAGGGGGCUCUUUGGUUGUUAUGCGUCAUGACCGUAGGUCCCUUGCUACGAUGUGGAGUGGAAAGGAGGUUGUGAAACUGAGAAGCCCGUUAGAGCGGUUGGGUUUGUUUAUCAAGGAAGAGUAUAUUAUGCAUGAUUACGAUGAAGAAUUGGAAGAAGGUGAAGUUUCUCAUUGAAUAUGAAUCUGGGAUAAGUGUAAUAUGAUUAUGAUGAUUUGAGGAUUUAGUAUUUAGGUGUAAAUGAGUUUUUAGUUUUUUACUGCUCGAAAAACGAAAAGGGGAAUACAAAUCUGAAGAUAAUACAUGGAGUGGAGGGUAAUAAUAUUGAUGUUAAGCUGUAUUUGCUUCUAGCUUAUACCAUUGAGAAGCAGCAGCUUGUAAAUACUGCAUUUUGUUACCAUGAUUAUACUUAUUGGUAAGAAACUAAGAAUUAUGCAUUGAUUUUUUUUUUUUUUUUAUGAUUUUGAUGUAAGGAUAAAUAUCGUUGCGGGAAUUAAUUAUCAGUAGUGAGAAUCAUAAGGAUAAAAGAGAAAAAGUAAUAGUAGUUAUUUUCUUUUGUAAUAGAUAUAUAUAUGCAUCACUUUUUUAAUAUACAAGACAAGAUAUUGUCUUUACGUAAGAUUAUUUUUAAAAAAUUAUAUUAUAAUAUGAGCUAUUCU